GGGCUGGUUCCACCUCUUUCCCCCUGGCAAGCGGAGACAUUAGGUACCAGCCGGAUUUUUUACUGACUGGAAAGUACAGAGCAGUUUUGUGUGUGUGGAGCUGAGAGGAGAACAGAGAUGAGUAUCGAAACGCUUUUGGAGGCGGCCAAGUUUUUAGAAUUGCAAGCCCAGCAACAACAGAAAACACGUGAAGAGAAUGAGCUUCGAAAACAUCUUCGCCUUGAACAGAAGACAGGAAAGAGGAAAUUAGGUGUUGCCCUCUCUAUUUAUACUGCACAUUCCAAUCAUGUGACUUCAGGGAGCGAGUCAAGUCCAGAUCAUUAUCACAGCCCUCUGUCAUACAUUCCCCCUCCCCCUCUUACUCCACCCUCCAUUCCAAUCACAGUCAUCCCUAUUCCUGUAGUGUCAUCAAAUUCAGCCGCCCCACUUACAGCCACUUGCCCAACCCUGCCUUCAAAAGAUGCACACUCGCCCCGAUCCCAGUAUACACUUCACCAGUCAAAUGGCCUCAAACCAGCCCAGUCUGUGCAGCCCUACCCCAGCUCUAUCAUAAGGGCUUCCCAACAUGCACUUCUUCCCCAGUCAGUUUCUGCAUCUACACAGGCAAGCACUGUACCCAGCUUGAUUGAUGAUCACUGUGGUCUGGAUAGCAAGAAAAGACCUGGAGGAGCAGGGACACGGGAAGUACAUAACAAGCUAGAAAAAAACAGACGUGCACACUUGAAGGAAUGCUUUGAGACCCUUAGGAAAAACAUACCUAACGUGGAUGAGAAGAAGACCUCCAACCUAAGUGUGCUAAGAAGUGCCCUGAGAUACAUUCAGACUCUAAAAAGAAAAGAGAAGGACUAUGAGCACGAAAUGGAACGGCUGGCCCGGGAGAAAAUCUCCACACAACAGAGACUGGCUGAGCUGAAAAACGAUCUCAGCCAGCGGUUGGACAUGAUAGAAAUUGAGCGCCUAGUGCGCCAGACUGUUCAGCCUGAAGAAGACCAGGCGUCCACUUCCACAGCUUCUGAAGGUGAAGAUAACUUGGACGAGGAUGUUGAAGAGGAGGGUGCAUUGACCUUGCCUUGCUUUUUAUCCAGAGUGCCUCACUCACUGCAGCCAGAGCACAGCAACUCCUCGAUGGCGCCAUCUGUACUCCACCACAUCUCUGUCUCUUCUCAAUCCCAUAAUAACCCUGCACCACCUGUUAAUACAGCCCCUGCCUUGGCCCCCUCCCAAUCCUCCUCUUCUUCGCUGCCUCUGACUCCUGCAGCAGUGUCCCAUCAGCCCCAGGCUGUAGUGGCGCCAAAGAGCCUGGCAUACGGGCACAUAGUGGCCACACCAAGCAUCCCACAAACUGUGAUCACUCAUGCUGCUUCACAUGCCUCAGUCAUUCAGGCUGUUAAUCAUGUGACCCAGACGGGUCCCAAUCACAUAGCCCAUUUAGUCCCCUCCUCUUCUUCUACCACUUCCCAUAGCACUGUGCAACUGGCAGCUGGACCUCAGACCAUUGGGCACAUCACAGUGCACCCGGUGGCACAUCUUCCUGCACUUUACCCACAGCCUGUCACCAUCGGUCACACACUCUCACAAAGCCAGUCAAAUGGCACCUCUGCACUACCCAAACAGACUCCUGUUGGACACCAAGUACUCACCCACCAUCCACAGUUGGUGGGCCAGACUGUCCUUAACCCAGUUACUAUGGUAACCAUGCCCUCCUUUCCUAUCAGCACUCUAAAACUGGCAUAAAUCAGCAGGCCCUAUGUGGCAGACUGUCAGUCGCAAACAUCAUUACAACAGAUAUAUUACUUUUACCCCCAUCCCAAAAAACAUUUAUAAAGAGUCUAAGACAAAGGUCUAUCUGAAUUUAUGACUAAAGCUACAUAAUUAUAUUGAACAGACAAACUAAAGAUUUUGUACGACAAAAAAUAUGUGCUUAUACAUUUUUUAUUGGUGACUCAAAGAAAAACAAAUAAAAACAAACAAAUUCAAUUCAAAGAAUGAACAAAAUUUAAAUAUAAAAAGUGAACAAAAUAAAACCAGUAGUACAAAAUUAUUUUUAGUGUUGAUUAGAAGUGUUAACUGUAGUCCCCUUGCCUUGAGUUCAAAUCCCACUGAUGCCAUGUGAAUCUAUGUGGGCCUUUUGACAAAUAUGGCAUUCCAGUUAGAGCAACACUAACCCAUUAUGUAUGUUUAUUAGCUUUUGUGUCUGGAAUAUUGCAGCACUCUUUGCCAUGUGUGUUUAUCCCUGAGAAGCACUUCAAAAAGAUGUUGGACUCACUUGCCAUGUCUCAGAGGACAUGAUCCUUUUAUUUUAGAUACAGCAGUCAUGCCGCUUGUCAAAUAAUGCUCUUGUCACAUGCUAUACACUUGUAUGUUAAUACAUUGUCUAUGUGCCAGGCACAAACCUUCACAAGUCAGUUUUUGACACUUGCCUAACGUGACUUUUAUAUUAAAACACAACAAUAUUCAGUAUUCAGCCUAAGCCCAUAAUCGAACUUCACAUGGGCUAUAUUUUAACCUGAAAUUCCACAACAGCAGCAGAAGCACUACUGCAAACAUUGAGAAAGUACUGCAGGCUGUUGGACUAAAGUCAAACCUUUAUGAAAUAUUUGAAUUUAUAAAUUCAUAAAAAUAUUUUUUUUGAAAAAUAUAAAUACUAAUACUACUGUAAUACUAAUGUAAAUACUUGCGUUUAAGUGCAUGCCAAAUUUAAUGACAGGUGACGACAGGUUUUGGCACUGGAGAAAAUUAAAACAGAAGCUCAUACUUCCUACGGUGUCAAUACUCAAGUAUCAAACUGCCCUUUAUGACUCAAUUGGAUGAAAUAAAUUUAAAGACAACAUUUAGAGGAAGACAUAACAAUAAUGAUAUGACCUAGUGCUCAGGUCUGGUGUGUACAAUUUACUGUAGAAGUAGCGUGCUAUGUCAGGAUGGUGUCUAUAGAAUGAAUGACUGCUGUCAUUAAUAAAG